CAUUCCUAUCACAGGGAAGGAGGGCGGGGUGCGGCCCCCACAGCCGCGGGUGCCCCCGAGGAGCUCCCCAGCAAAUCCCCGUGUCCAUCCCCGCGUCCCUUCUCCGCCCUCCCCGCCAGGUUAAAGGGAAGAGCCCGGCAUGGUUGAGAACUCUCCGGCCCCGCUGCCGGAAAGGGCAAUUUACGGAUUUGCGCUUUUUUUGGGCUCGUGGUUCGGCUUCAUUUUGUACCUUAUCUGGGCUUACGUUCCUGAGUCCUGGCUCUUCUCCCUGGGACUGACCUACUGGCCUCAAAAGUACUGGGCGGUUGCCCUGCCCGUGUAUCUGCUGGUGGCCGUGGGAAUCGGGUACAUUUUGCUUUUUGGGAUGAACAUGAUGAGCACAGCUCCCCUCAGCUCCACUCACACCGUCACAGAUAACUUUGCACAAAAGCAGCAGCAGAAGGAAUUGCAGGAGGAGGCGAUUCCAGCCCUGAGGGAUGUUCCCAUCAGCGAGGUCAACAGGAUGUUCUUCCUCCCUGAAAAACGCAUCUGCAACAGCAGAGAGAUGGUGUUAGGUUCUAUUUCCACAAAAGAUUCAUGAAAUUUAGAGUUUGAUUAAUUAAAACCUCUCUGAGGUGAAAAGAAACACUCUUUCAGCU